AUGAGUGUGGUUAAAGAAGAGUGUUGUGAAGAAGAGAAGUACGAAUUAGUUCCUCCCGAAGGAGGUUGGGGCUACGUUGUCUGUGUGGGAUUAUCUGUAAUUUUCAUUGCUGGCACCGCGCAUCAGCCUGUUUUUGGUUUCAUAUACAAUGAUUUUCUGGACGAGCUUGGCGUCGGUACUGGCGCCGUUACAGUUAUAUAUGGAGUGUUUCAAGUCACAUUAGCUAUUGCCGGUUUUUCGGCGAACAUAGCUUUGAAAAGUCUUUCAUUAAGACAAGUCGGUCUUAUAGGUGCCUUUAUAUACACACUAGCAUCAUUCCUAGCAAUAUUUGUAGUAUCCACAACUCAGUUAAUUGUCACAAACGGAUUCCUACAGGGCCUCGGAAUGGGUCUACUAAUUCCGGUGUCGUAUACUAGUUUUAACAGUUACUUUACAAAGAAAAAAGUGCUGUAUUUGAGUCUGUGUAAGGCAUCUAUUGGAUUGAUAACGAUGCUGUACCCGUUGUUUAUAAAAUUUACGAUAACCCAAUACGGGUUUAGAGGGACUCUAGCGAUUAUUUGUGCCAUAUCAGCUCACAGUAUCUUGGGAGCUCUAGUCAUGCAUCCUGUACAAUGGUAUAUGGUGAAGAAAUUGAAAACGUGCGAAAAGAUUGUCCUGAUACCACCGACGCCGGCCAUUGAGGCGGGAAAAGAAAAAUUCCAUUUCAAUUCCAACACGACGACAGCCAAAGGAGCGGAAAACGCGAGAUCAGUGGAAAACUUGUACGCAAUGAAACGGAUGGGGAGUCAAAAACCCACGGAAUUGCUAUUCGUUCCGAAAUUAGCUGAUUCCAGGCGACUGAGUAUACCGGUGGUUUUGAUCCCAGGGGAAACGAAGGCUGAUAGCAAAUUUAAUUCGAGCGAUAAUGUGUAUUUAGAGAAUUUGUAUAAGGCAGCUUCGGUCUCCAGUUUGGGUAAUUUCGGGAAUAUCGCAGCUGAACCAAUGCCAGUUAUCAAGAACAAGGAAGGAAAGUGGCAAACGAUAAUGGAAUACUUGGAUCUGACUUUACUCAAAGAUUUGGUUUACGACAAUAUCAUUGUCGGAAUGGCUUUGACAUUUUUCGCUGAUCUAACUUUCUUCACUUUGGAGCCUUUAUUCUUGGAUAAAGUCAAUUUGAAUCGGAGCCAAAUUGCUAACAUAAUAGCUUUAGGCGGUGCUACGGACAUGUGCGCCAGAUUGUUCCUGGGCGUGGCGGGACAGUUCUUCAUUAUGAAUAGCCGGUAUAUGUUCUUCAUAGGAGCCCUUUUUGCAGCCGCUUUUAGAUUGGUUAUGAUACAAUUCACAACAUACCUACCUCUACUAAUAUUGACUGGUAUACUCGGAGCAUUGAGGUCUUUGGUGCAUAUAGCGCAGCCUAUAGUGAUGGCUGAACACGUUCCCAUAGAGCUGUACCCAUCGGCUUAUGGACUCUACAUGUUACUCGCCGGAGCGAUUAGUUUGAGUGUCGGACCCAUGAUAGGAUUCAUUCGGGACUUCACCGGUAGUUAUGUGGUUGCUUUCGUGAUGUUGGCUGCGUGUAAUCUAUGCUGCGUUGUUCCGUGGGCGAUAGAGUUCAUUUUUCGUUACAACAAAGAAAGGAAACUCAGAAAUACGGACGUGAGCUGA